UUUAAAAUUCCAGUAUAAUUUGUAUUUACUUAAAUUUCAUUCCGUAGCUAGAUAUUCAUCUUCAACCAUGUUGCACUGCCAAGUGGAAGGGGCGAAAGCAGAGCAAUGUGAGUGUCCUGUGAUGCACUCAGAGAAUUCGGCGGAAACUUUCAGUUCGGUGGAACCCCAAGCUAGUGACUGUAUCCAGCCGUUGGAAGUCCAAAGUGCAAAGCGGACAACAAACAUAGAAGAGUCCUUUAAGGUGGACUGUAAGCUUUCGCUGAAUACCCUUCUGUCACCUAUCAAUAUCAUCGAUCCAUUGCGUAAGCAAAUUGAUUUUCAGUGUAAUUUGGGUGACUUAUCCUUCUUUGGACCAGUCAUGUGUUCUAUAUCAGAGUUAAACAAAGAGGAACAAACUCUGGAGCCGUAUUUUAUUCCGGAAUUAUAUAUGGCUUGUGCUGGCAAAGAAGUUGAGCAAGUUGCGGAGGAAACUGUAAUCGAAACUGGACCACAGUUGAAGCUACCGAAAAAUCAACCUAUCAACGAUUCGAUAACAACAGAAACUAAUGAAACAAAGUUACCGCCAAUGGAACCACUAAAUGUUUCACGCUUAGCAGAAUUCAGUGAACCAGUGAUGGGAAAAUCAAAUAUAUCCAUUGAAGAAGUCAAUCUCAAAGGAGCCGUAGGAAUAAUUGAACCCAUAAGUGAUGAACCAAAUAUCCAACCAGUAGAAAGUGCUGAAAAACUAUAUCCAAAAUCACUUGCAAUUCAAAUACCGCCUCUAAAGAUCGAAGAUUUGAUUUCUCCAUUGAUAGAAAAACCUAGGAUAGCAACUAAACUGGGGCUUAUUAGUUUCUUGACAGGAAACAAGUUGGCUUUAACGCCCAGUGUAAGGCUCUCGUUUGGCGAUAGAGUAACGACCAGGAGAAACACAAAAUCCAAGGAGAUCAUUCAACAGCAAGCUUCCAAAUCAUUAAAGGCGCUAAUUUCAGUUUUAACAAUGCAAAGAAGGCUAGCGGCAUCUCAGCAUGAUAAUUCCAAUAAUAGCCGAACGAAACGAUUUGAACAACUAAAAAGCUCUUUAUCCUUUUCAAGAGUGUUUAGGCAGAACAUCUUUCAGUCAACUUCGGUAAUAGAAAACCGCCAGCUGAAUACCGAUGGUAACUCACUGGAGUCUGGGGAACCCAAUUUUAACAGUCCAAGCGAACACAAGGAACCACUUCCCAUACCAUACCGACUAGAUGCUGGCGAAGGACUAACUUGUAAUGGAUUGAACGUAAGCAAGGAUUCAGUUUUUAGUGAGGUUUCCGAAAGUGAUGUAUCGGAAACGCAGAAUAAGUUAUUUGCGAUGAAAAAACCGCAGGCGGGGCUUAAAUCGAUUGCCAAACUAAGUGACAUUCUGAACAAUGGUAGGGUAUUGUUCAGCCAGCCCGUUAGACUUUUCUGUUUUAACAAAUUGAAGGAGUGGAAACGGCAAGGUAAAGUACCACGUUCCCACGAGAGUCCUUACCGUUCUCCCUCCUUCUCAGGCGAGGGUCAAAUCGAGGUGAUCGAGCACGACGGAUCAUACUACAUAGUACUCCAUGACAAGGUCAGCGGUGAGCUGAUCAUCCACAUGCGGGUGGACGAGAGGUGGCGCAUCGACUACAUGACCAAGAGUUCCUACAGUUGCCGUUGGACCAACAUCAACUACGCCAACUGCCGCGAUGGCAUCCUGGAGAGGAUCGCCUGCUCCUUCCGUGAACCCAGCCAUGCUGCUGAGUUUGUCGCCCGGGUUCGGAAUAGUGCGCUCCAAUCACGCCUCGAAUGCAGUUCCUAAUUUGUAAUGAUUUCUUUUCAAUGCCUUCUAGUUGAUUUCCUUGGGAAUUCCUUGGAGUUUCUCGCAUUCGAGAGCGUGUUUAAGCUGUCCAUAAAUUAUUGUG